AUGUCACUAACACCUCAGAUAAAGGAAAAGCCCCUUGAAUCGCUAGAUGCAGAUCAGUUGAGACGUCGCGUUUUAACGCUUCAGUACAAAUACACAACCUUACAGAACGAGUAUGAAAUUUCGAAGUUGUCAUCAGAACGCGAGACUUAUUCGCUUCAGAACAAAUACGAUAAGAGUAUGAACGAACUGGAAAAUGCUUUGAAAGAUACCAAGAUACUAUAUGAGGAAAACAUCAAGUUGAAGGAAGAAUUGAAAAGUAAGGAUGCGUUACCGAAGGAGGAUGAGAAGAUCAUAACGACACUUCGAACACAGGUUGUAAGUUUGAAAAACGAAGUUAAUUUGAAAGAGCAGCGUAUCGUGGAAUUAGCUCAUAAGCUUUCCUCAAAACAAAAUGAAGUUACGAAUGCAAUUGAAUCGAUGAAGUUGGAAAUUGAAGGUAGCGGAAACAUUCUGCAUCAACAUGAAACUCAGAUAAACAAACAUGUGGAAGAGAUACGAUAUUUACAACAAGAACUGAAGGAAAAAGAAAAUCUGAUAUCUGAACUACGAUCAGUUCAAACUUCUGCGUCUCAUAGGAACAAUUCUACGGAAGAAUUACAAGAUUUGGCUGUCUUGAACAAGACUCUGAAGGAGCAGCUCAAUUAUGCCAAAGAACUAGAGGAUAUGAACCUUAAACAAGCCACUGAAUUGAAGAAGCUUCGACAAAAUAACGAUGUCCAAUCGUUGUUGAAAAAGGAAAAUGAAUUACUCCAGUCUAAACUCGAUCAAUUGAAUUCUUUACAAAAAAAGUUCGAAUCAUUGGAAAUGGAGAAUAUCAGCCUACAGGAGAAGAUUACACAAUGGGGUAUUGUUAGGUUAGACGGUAAAUUCAAGAACCCUAACGAUGUUAUAACAGAGCUUAAUAUGUUACAACGAGAAAAUACUUUCCUUUUAGAUACGAAUUCCAAGUUACAAAUUGAUUUCAAUCAAAUGUCCAUGCUCAACGAUGAGAUGGCAAUUGAAAGAAACCAACUUCUAGAUUUGAACAAAGACUAUGAAACUAGUAUUUUGAAUUUGAAGCGUUUAAAUCAUGAACUUGAACAACAAAAACUUUUGUCAUUUGAAGAGUGUAAACUACUAAGGCAACAAUUAGAGGAAUUUGAGGAGCAAGACGAUAAGAAGAAAACACCCGGAGACCAGGUAAAUGCUUCAAACAUCAUCGAAGGGUACAAAAAUCAAACUGAGGAUCUAACCAAUGAGCUCAAGAGAUUGAACGAAGAAUUAUCAAAAACUGACGAUAAGAUUCAAAAACGUAGAAAAAUAACCAAUGAUUUGGGAAUAAGCUAUUCUCAAAGAUUAAAUGAGCUAAUACUGGAGAACAAAAAACUGGAGAGAUUACUUUCUGCGACUAAAAAUCAUGCGAAUAUCCUAGAACAAAAAAUUUUGGACUUGACUAGUCUUAAAGAGAAGAAGGUUAGAAUUUUACAACUUCGUGAUAAUCCAUUGUUAAAAGAGCAUUAUAUCAGAAAGGAAAAGUUGGCAUUACUUGAAAAGGAAAACUCCGAUCUAUUAUCUGGGAUAGAAACAGAUGCCAUCCCAAGAUCUGUUUAUGAUCGUAUCAAACACGACAUGAAACUACUUGAGAAAGAGAUUUUCUCUGCAAAUAAGAAGACCACAAGACUAAAAGAAGUAUUCAAUAAGAAAUCGUUAGAGUUCAUUGAGGCCGUUAAUUCACUGUUAGGAUUUAAACUAGAAUUCUUGGCACAUGGUAAAGUAAAAUUAGUAAGCUGUUAUCAACCGAACAAAUAUAUUAUUGCCGAUUUACAAUCGAAUACGUUAAAAUCGGAUCUAGAUAAAGUUAUUCCUGAAUGGGAAACGUUAUUUCAAUUGUACGUUAUAGAAAAGGGAGAGUUGCCAGCGUUUCUCUCCCAAGUAAAGCUUAGACUGUGGGAACUAUCUCAGCCUUAG